GAAGAAUUUAACCUUAUUAAAAUUUCCAUAUCUGUCAAAGUCAAUCUCUUACAUUUUAGAAAUUUUAUUUAUACAAAUCUCUGAUUUACAUAAUAAUUACGUUGUUAUCUUUAAUGAGGCAUUAGUCAAAAUGACCGAAAACAAAAGAGUAGUACCACCGAUUCUACAAAAUCUGCUGAAGUAUGAUGCAUAUAUUACUAACGAAGCAGUCACCUUUGCUCAAAGAUUUCUACCUUUCGAAAAAUAUGAAGUGUAUUAUACAGCUUUAGAGCUCUCAUGUAAUGGAUUAAUACAUUUGCCUUUUUGGUUCGUAUUCUCUUGGUUAUUCGAUUACCCGGACUUUGUACAAAUGCAGGUCAAUAUGCUUUUCGGUCUGUGUUUAGACGUAAUACUGGUGGCUGUAAUAAAGGCAUUUGUAAGAAGAAGAAGACCGCAUCGAAACGUUGAUAAAUAUAACAGUCAAUUAGGUCCAGAUGUGUACAGUUUUCCAUCUGGUCACGCUAGUCGUGCGUUUUUCGUGGCCUAUUUUUUUACAGUUCUUUGGCCAAUCAAUUUCAUAUUCCAUCUACCUUUAAUAGCAUGGGCAUUGAGCGUUGGAAUAAGCAGGCUUUUGUUGAACAGGCAUUACAUAGGGGAUAUAACUUGUGGUUUUCUGUUGGGCAUGUUUGUAAGUAAUAUAGUAGGAUUUUUAUGGAUCGAAGAAAGUACUGCAAAGUGGUUGUUUAAUUACGUUUCAGAUGAUAAAUUGUAAAUUGUGGGUGGAUUUUUCAAUGCUUUCUGAUCAUUUUUUUUUAAGAUUUCUUUAUAGAUUUGAAUCAUGACUAACCUAGUCUCAAACACAUUUCACUCGUUGACUAGUCUAUUUUUAAAUUACUUUGUUUUUACACCAUUCCGGUUAUCUAAUAAAAGUAUUGCUCAUAUAUAAAAGUUCUCUUAAAUGCUCAAUGAGAUUUGUUUAAUAUUUACGCAGAUAUUUUAUUUAUUGUUAAGGUAUUUAACUAAACCAAAGAUGAAUCUUAUAAACCACAAGACGUUAAAUGAUAUUUUUAAAAACCCAUCAAAUGGAAUAAUUAGUUUAUAUUUUUUGUUCUCUGUGUAUUCAGAUUUCAUCCUCUUUAUGUAAAGUAUUA